CGAUCAUCAUUUCUAAUCCAUUUCUAAUCAUCUCUGAUAUAUCCUCAGUGUUUCACAAGGUCCUCAGAUACAUGCGCAUCUAGCACAGAUACCAUACCACCAUGCUUCCACCCGCUCUCAACAUCCCGAAAUGGCUCGAAGCCAACUCCCAUCUCCUCCAACCCCCAGUCAACAAUUACUGCGUAUACCAUCCAUCCUCGCCCGCAACAUCGGGCUACACGGUAAUGAUAGUGGGGGGACCCAACGCCCGAACUGACUACCAUAUCAACCCAACUCCCGAGUUCUUCUACCAAUAUCGCGGCUCCAUGCUCCUCCGAACCGUGGACACAUCAGUCACGCCGCCCGUCUUCCAGGAUAUUCCGAUCCACGAGGGCUCGCUGUUCCUUCUCCCCGGCAAUACGCCCCAUUGUCCUGUGCGGUUCAAGGAUACUGUCGGGGUAGUGAUGGAGCAGCCGCGGCCGCAGGAUGCGGUUGAUGCGAUGCGGUGGUAUUGUAAGAGCUGCGGGGAGAUUGUGUGGGAGAAGCGGUUUGUGUGUACGGACUUGGGGACGCAGGUGAAGGAAGUGGUUGAGGAGUUUGGGGCUGACGAGGAGAAACGGACUUGUAAGGCGUGCGGGACUGUGGCGCAGAGCAAGUAUGCGGAGGGGGAGCUGGUGCAGCCGCCGAGAGUUCCGGAAUGAUGUGCUUUGUUGGAAAGAUUGAAAUUGAAAGAUACCCCGGGUGAGGAUGGCUAAGUUGUAUCAGUAGCUGUGAUCUUUUUAUAUUUCCGAAGCUGUCAAAAGUGAAGCAC